AGCUGUUCUCCCCAUCACAGCGCCACUGCGUUUGUAGAUUUUGUCCAAUAUUUCAAUUUUAUUUACGAAUUAGCAAGUGGUGACUAACUAAAUAAGAAGUGAUUUGACCCAAGAAUCAUCUAUUCCAAACUAAUUAAUAACUCCACGUGACAAAUUGUGCAUUAAUUGACUAAUGAUCUGAUAAUAAUGGUUUCGACAAGAGGUGUAAGAUAUAAAUUUACCGAAGGAGAACGAGUACUGUGCUAUGAGCCUGACCCGACUAAAGCUAAAGUGCUUUACGACUCAAAGGUGUUGGAGGUGAUCGAUACUAAAGACAAGCGAGGUCGGCGCAGCGUCGAGUAUCUGAUCCACUUCCAGGGCUGGAACUCGUCGUGGGACCGCUGCGUGAGCGAGGACUUUGUUCUGAAGGAUACAGAAGAGAAUAGGCAACUGCAGGUGGACUUGGCUGAGAAGUCACAGCUACAGCUUGGAGCCUACUUAUACCGUAAAGAACGCAAGAAGGGAAUGUGCGGCAGUGGCCCCGGCCCGGCCAAGCGCUCGCGGCACGGACUCAGCGACGAUGGCUCCUCCACCAGCACACAGCCUGAUGCAGAAGGGGAGGGUGAAGAGAACGAGACGUCGAGCGCGGGCGACACGGACUCCUCGGCGGCGUCCGGCAGUUCGCAGGAGCCGCGCCUGCGCCCGCGCGCCGUCAUCAACCUCACGCCCGCGCUCAGGGACCGUCUAACAUUCGACUACCACCUAGUAGUGAAGCGCGGGCGCCUACCCCUGCUCCCCGCGUCGCCCACCGCCGCGGAGAUCCUGGAGGCCUUCGUGAAGUGGUUCGCGCGGAGCGGCGCGUGGCGCGGGGCGCGGCGCGCGGCGAGUGAACCGCCGCAUCGGCCCAACUUGGCUGAUGUUUGUCAACGGUUGAACCUAGUCCGCGAGGUGGCGGACGGGCUCCGGGUGUACUUCGACUUCAUCCUCGGCGGGCACCUGCUGUACCGCCCCGAGCACGCGCAGUACUACCUGCACUGCGGACCCAUGGAGGAUAUCAUUGCCGGUGAUGAAAAUGAGAUCAAAGUGAAAAUGGAGCCUGAAGAUGAGAACAGUCAAGAUGAAGCCAACAUCACGAUGGUGGAGCAAGACAUGAAGAGCCCCAAAAUACCAGAAUAUUCCCAUUUGCCUCCCGACCCCGUCGACUCUGAGAAAAGUGAAGGUUCACAGCAAUCCACUGACCUACCGGCCGUAGAGAACAUCAAAGUAGAGAGAAACGACACACCAACCAGCGAUACAACAGCCCCAGAAGAAACCAACGACUGCACCAACAAACCCAUCACAGAGCCAAUAAACACUCCAGUACUCAACAAUGGCACUAUAAAAGUCAGAACCCAAGAAGAGAUAAAUUCAUCCGUAAUAACAAAGGCAGAUGAUAGUAAUAGCAACAGUAAAGGGAAAGAAGACGUGAAUAAUGGGACGAGUAAGGUGAAGCCGCAAGAGCGGUGUGCGACAAGGAGCGGCAAUCUGGCGCGGAGAUUGCGCUCCCACAAGUCGGCCGUGUCUCAGUCGGAGACGGAAGAACCAGGCCCAUCUACGUCGGCCGCCGAGCCGCGUGCUAUGGAGAACUUGUCUUCCAGUGUCGGCAGCAGCGAGUCGUCCAUCAGCUCGGGGCUCCGGCAGCUGCAGCAGACCGCGCCGCCCUCCCCCGCGCCCGCGCGCACCCCGCUGUCGUUGCUACUGGACAAGGUAGCGAAGUGGGAGAUCAUUCCCCGGGAGGGCACCGAGCACCUGCCGUGUCGCGUGUACGGCGCCAUACACCUCGCGAGGCUGUUCGUGAAACUACCAGAUUUCCUCAAUGCAACUCAGAUGCCGGACAUCAAGUUAAAAAUGCUGCUGAAACAUAUCGACAUGUUUGUUCAGUACUUGGACGAGCACAACGAGUGGUUCGGAGAGAUGUACUACCGGAGCAGCUCGUCUAGAUCCCGAUGAGCCUCGUGUUAGUGACACAUGCCGCGUCAUGUGCCGUGAACCAGACUGUAGUGAUACAGUGAUAUACAUGAUGUCAUGUGCCGUGAACCACAGUGUACAGUGCUAGUGAUACAAGAGUUUUGUGCAGUUACUAAUGGCUCAAGUAUAGUGACACAUGUCGCCAUUCAGAGUUCAGUGUUCUAGUUGAACAAGUCACCGGGUGAACCGCAGUUGUGCCAUGCUAUAUGCCACCAUCAAUUUGUGUCAUGAAUCCCAGUGAGAGAAUGUGUUCCGUUAUCGCAAUGUGUGUAUAAAAUAUCCUCGGGAUAAAACUUCUUUAUAAUCUUUAAUGCAUUACGUUUAUCGUGUCAUUGGAUGGAAAAACAAUGAAAUUAGUGUGAACCUCUUUGUAAAUAAAAUUGUAGUCUUGAAUGAAAUAGUGUGAUAUUUCGUCACUGUUGAAAUCAUACAAAUAAAUAAAGUAACGUUUGAAAUUAUGUAAGUGUCGAUGAUAAUUGUAAAAUUUGUAAGUAGACAGGUGAGGUUAUACUGCAUAAUUUAGUGAAAUCUAUACAAGUACAAAGUAGAAAAUAUUUAACAUUCCAGAUAAUAAGCAGGAAAUCUAUGGCGUAGACUCAAAAACUUUGCUAAUCUAGAAUCAUUAAUACUUGAUUACCUAACUAUGAAUUUCAUUUGUAUCGCCUAUUUAAUACUGAAAUCCAUGGCAGCAUUUUAGUUUGCGUUCCCAGUUGGCAAACUCACUCGUAAGUAAUCGCAAACUGGCAAACUCGACAGUUUCCUAAUGGGAUCGCAACCUUAGUUGGUUGAAUGUUGGAUGAGUAUAUUCUGGGGAGUCAAAUGCACAAGUGUUUAACAGUAGAAGUAUCUUCUUACCGAAAGUUAUUGCUAGUCUGUGAUUUUGUAUAUCUUCCGAUAUCAAUAAUAUUAAUUGGACUAAGUACUUUUGUUUCUUAGUGUAUGUGAUGACUUUAACGAUCUGUAAAUAAAAUAAAUGAUGUUCGUUUAAAUUCAA